AUGUUGUCCAGGAAUCCAUACGCUAGCACAGGCUACGGCCUCCCUGCAGACUACUACGACUCUUCGUCCGGCUCCUCGGGAAAGAGGAAGAGGGCGUCGUCGCCGCCGGCUGUAAGACAAAGGUCUCCUCAGGAGAAAAUUGAGUUUACAACUCAGACGAGCUUUGAACCCAAGAAGAGGCUAUCAGACGAGUAUCGCCAUGAUAUGAGAAAGUUGCAGUACGGGCGACCAGAUAGGCGAGAAUAUUUUGCGCAGACAAGCCCACGAAGCAUCCUGCAGCAAAGAUCCGAACAAAGAUGCCGACAGCAACCCAAGCGCCUCUUCCGACCCAAAACAACCGAAGAAAAAAUCUACCAUCAGAUCCUCCAGGACGAAGCCACAGCCCGCUACGUCCCACCCGGGCCCGAACUCCAAAUCCAACUCAACGACCCUCAUGAUAUCCGGCAGCACAUUUCCCUGCAAGAUUUCUGGCCUCGGAAAGACUUGGAUGGGUUAGGGUCAGAAUCAUGGGAUGAAUGGGUCGCUAGAAAGGUAUACGAAGGAGGAUGGGCAUCAUGGUUUCUCGACCCCCCAGCUCCGCCAAAACCAGAAGGAAUAGUCGAAUACCCACGCCGACCUGAUGCAGACUCCUCCUCCCAACCCUUGUCCAAGAGACAUAAACUAAACUCUGGUCGCGCCCCCAACACCUUCAUUGGCAUGCCUUCCGCACGAUGGGGUGUCAUCCCCGCAGCUACUAUCGAUGGUGUCAGUGAAUUAUACAACGCAUCAGGCGCCAUUAUACCCGCGGUUACUAGGCGCGGAUUCAGAGCUGUGCGGAGUAUUCCGAAGGCUGUGGGUAGGUUUAUUGGUGUGAAGGAUGAGGUUGCGGAAAGGUGGGGGAUAGAUGUCGAUUCCAGCUCGGAUAGCUCUGAGGGUUCUGAUGCUGAUAGCUCUGAUGGCGAUGAUGACGACUAUACGCCUAGAGCGCAGGAAACGGGUGUACCGCUUCCUGCUCCACGACCUACAUCGGAUAUACUCCCCGAUUAUUUGAUACCUAGGCAGGCGCUGAAGACUAAUGCUGCUGGUGAAGAUGGAACGACGAUGCAGCAAGGAAGUGGAGACCAGAAUGUGCCGUGGCCUAAUGUUAUACUGUCUGUGCGGAGGGAUACCAAGGUAAAGCCGAGUUCCGUACCAAAGAUUCCUCGUGGUACGCCAGAAAUGACCGAGACUGUGACAAAGGUCAAGUCGAAGUUUCCAGUCCAGACAGUCUCCGGUGCUGGACGAGGAAGCCAGAGUAUGCCGCGGACGAAGAGGUCUACUCAUACAGUGCCUGUGGGAAGGGAUACCACGGUACAGCCGAGUUCGGUACCAAAGAAUCGUGAUACACCAGCUAAGACCGCGGUAAAUGUCAAAUCGAUGCGCCCAGCAUCGCCAGACUUGGGUGAUACAGUAGAAAGUUACUAUAAAAACAGCGAGGUCAAUACCACAUCGCCAACCAACGCAAUGCUUCGAAGGAGGGAUAGCGCAGCAGUGGAAUAUCCAGUACUAGAUAUUCCCCGUAUUACGAUAGCUGGAACCGAAAACGCGGGAAACGUCAAUUCGAAGCGUCCAGCACAGCCAGACUCCGGUGCUGCAGUAAGACCUUCCUUGAUGAAAAGCAUGUUCACCAUCACAACGCAACCGUCAGCACCAACACUGCCAACACAUCAGCCGACACAAUCGAACCAGAACUACAUCAUUUUUCCAACUUGCAGCAGCAGACACAGUACAGAAACCACAUUCUGCGAACACUGCGGUACUCCUUGGCCUCCCAAGCCUGCGCCCAAGUCAGAAGCCCGCUCCAUCAUGCGCAACAAUCCCUACCCAGAUACUAUGCAUCUUCCUGGGAGCUACUUAUCCCCUAAGUACCAGAAAGGACCUUUAGAUGCCACGCUAGUCACGCGCGCAGAGCGCAAGUGGUGGGACAUUCGUCAACCGGACGAAGAAUUUGACGAAGAAGCUUUUAUGAUGACGGGUGGAGCUGGGCCGGCUGGCACAUUGGAUGUGGACGGGACGCCAAUUUAUAUCCCAGAAGAGGAACGUGAACGUUUGCUUGCAGAUAAGAGAAUGCAGGAGGCGAAUUUUGCUGCUCGGGAGCACAUUGCGAUGAGGCGGAAGAAUUUUGCGAGACUGAAUGGGUUGAAUUAUCCUACCAGUCAGCCUUACUUCGACGAGCUUGGUUCUUAUGUGCCUACUGAGCAAGUUAGGGAAAACACACCAGAAAAACCAUACAUCCCAGAGGGAGAAUGCAUGACGGAUACAGCUCAAGAAUUACUCAACAACGUAGCCAAGCUGCGGGAAGAAGCCGUAGCCCAGGGUCGCGUGUUCCCCGAAGGCAUCACUGGCUGGGAUGAGAUGGGUGAGGCUGUGCAAGAACACGUAAGGUGGGCCACUCGGCUCAUUGAAGAGAACGAGCGUCGGUCAAGCUCGGCAGCUGAUCAAGCAACAACGCAGCAGCAGAUACCCCAAAUCGACAAAGCUUUCGGAUUUGAUGCGGAGCUUCAGAAGCUAGAUGACCAGAGAAUCAGAAUGCUAUAUGAUGGAUACUGCUGGCCAGAGGACCUCAUCGGCUGGGCCGGCUACUCUGAUGCAGACAGGAAUCUCAUCUGGGAAGCGACUCUGUACCUAGAACAUAAAGAAGCGAUGGAGGAGUAG